GUUGGAGUUACUUACGGAGCACCUACUACCAAGUACCAACUGCUACCACAUCUAGCUAUCGUAAGCAAAAAGUGAGUGAGGGAACCAAAAUGGCGGAGGCAAUCGUCGGCCCGCUGGUGAGCAAGCUCCAGGAGCUGGCCCUGAGCGAGGGGAGGGCGCUGGUUGCCGUCAGCGGCGAAAUCGGGACCCUCCGCGACAAGCUCAUGUGGCUGCUGGCCUUUCUUCAGGAGGCCGACCCCCGGCGCCGCACCCGCGCCAGCGAGCUCAUGCGCGUCCUUGUGCGCCAUACCCGCGACGCCGCGUUCAGCGCCGAGGACGCCGUCGACGAGUACGUCUUCUGCGUCGACCUGUCUCGGUACCCCAGUUGGUCCCGCGCCAUCCUCGGCUUCCUCGCCGGCUCCACCACGCAGCUCCUCGUCCGGCACAGGCUCUCCGGUGAGAUCGCGGCCAUAAACGGCCGGCUCGAGGAGAUCAUCAAGAACAAGGAGAAGUACAGGCUGGACGACUCCGCCGCCGUAUCAUCGGUGCGAACGUGGACCGCGUCUGCUGCCUCCUCAAGUGUCUCACUCACCUGGUCAGCCUUCCCCUGCAGUGUCACUUGCCAAGUUUAUCUUUAUCAUCGAUCUGCAUAUGUGCUGAACUAUAAAAGUACACCGAUCUGCCAUCUUUUUAGUUUAAAUUUACUGAAUGGAGCACAAGAGGCCAAUGAGGUCGACUAAGCUUUGCAGUUUUGUAGCAGGGUUAAUAUUACCGAGAGCCGUCUAUCCGAUGUUGAGAUCCGUAAACAAUUUCAUAUUUUUUUUCUGAGCUAUAGGGCCGCUAAUAGCAUGCUAUAGUGUGUAGAUAAUUGUCUCGCUAAAUAAAUCAGUGUGCAAUCUCUCGCUAAUAGCGCACUAUAUCACGCUAAUAGCAUAUUUUAUGAGCCAGCGCUAUUUUGUACAGCAUGCUAUUUUUUCGUUGGAACAAACACUACAGUUUUUUUACUUGAUGAACAAAUUAUUAAAGAGUCAAUUACACCACUGUUGCUAGUACUUGGCAUGAAUGGUCACUUUAGUGCUACAAGUUGUGGUGUACAUUGAAAUGGUGCAAGAACUCGGCUUUGUGAUGCAAAUACGGUAUGAAACUCAUUUUUAUACAUUCUUGGUGCUGACAAGGCAUGCUAGCAUGGCAUGGGGCCCGUUGUCAGUGACCAAACGAUGGGAAUGUCUGGCCUGCUCUUUUGAAACAAAAAGAAACUUUAAUUUUUAUAUUUUCGCACAAAAUAACAUUGGGAGGCCCGCAUUAAGAGUAAAAAUAGUGCCUACGGGGAGGCCCACCAGUUUUGCCUAACAACAAAAAUUAAAACUCUAAACUCGGAUGAAAAAAACCCAGCAGUCAGACCAACGACCUCCUAUCCAGAUAGUGCAAACCAAUACCCGACGAUGAUUGUUUCUUAUACAUAGGCUAAUGGUUCUUUUAUGUUGAGGCCGCAUUUCUAUUCUUUAGAAAAUAUAAUAUUUUACUUAUAAAUGUGCACAUGAUUUUUCGAGAAGCAUAAAUAUUUGUUUCCCUAAAAGUAUAUAAACAUUUUUCUAAAAUCAUGAAUAUAUUACAUUUAUAUUUUAUUAAAAAUGUUAGUUCGAAUUAUACAAAACAAAUUUAAUGAAUAUUCAUAAAAUUUUAAAAUAUUAACGUAAUUUAGAAAGGUUAAUUAUGUUGAAAAAAAAUAACAAUAAGUUGUCCCAGGAACAAGAAAUGCUAAAAAAGAUAAAGCUCUUACCUGAGGUCACCGCGCAUUUCUAAUAAAAUAUUUAGCCUUGUAAAACUAAAUUAGUGUGUAUUUAAAUAUAUUUAACCUUUCUAAAUAUAUAUUCACAUAAUUUUAUUUAUUUAUGUUUUUACUAAAUAUUUAUGCAGUAUAUAAAAGUUUUCAUGUUUUCGAAAAUGUUUAUGAGUUUGAGGAAGAAUUUCAGGGAAAAAAUACUUAUGAUUUUGUGAAAAAUCAAGUGCAACACUUAUAGGUCAAAAAUUAUAUUGUCUAUGGGAUACGGUAUAUAUAUAUACUUGUGUUUUUACUAUAUUUAUCAAUAGACAAUAGCCUACUUGCAAACAAAUUUUAGUGGGUUGGUAGUUAAUCUUGUAUUCCUGAAGUCUUCAGGUCCCUGGUUCGAGCCCCUUGGGUACCUUUUUCAUUUGAGUUAAAAUAUUUAAUUUACGC